AUGGUAAACAGAGCAACCUCCACGCUGAUUGGCUUGAUUGCUGCCGCUUCAGCAGUGACGGCGCUCAAGUUGAAUCCAACCAAGCCAAUCGAGUCGGACACCACUUCGUUCUUUGGAGGCAGAGAUGCCUCCAUCCUCCAGCACCCAGCUGACUGGAGUCGCGAUAUUCAACCCAUUGGCGUCCAUUCGCAUAACGAUUAUUGGAGAGAUACGCCUGUGUUGGAUGCGCUAGCGCACGGCGUGAGAUCGAUCGAGUCGGACGUCUGGCUGAUGAAUGGAGAGCUUUACGUAGGGCACGAUCCCUACUCGCUCUCACCCGAAAGGACUUUCGAGAGCCUCACCUUGGCGCCGCUCAGAAAAGCAAUCGACCAGGCCAACGAUGCCAACGCUUUGCUUUCCAGCAAGUCUGAAGCUGCGUUCUUCAAGCCUCUGCAGGAUCAACUGCGAACCAACACUACACUGCCUUGGAAUGGCUUCUAUACUGCUGGUGUCGGAAAUGCUGCUCCUAUACAGCUACUUGUGGACCUUAAGACGGAAGGUCGGAGGACCCUCGAAGCCACCAUCGAAGCGCUGCGUCCGCUGGAGCAGAAAGGCUACCUGACGACGUACAAGGAUGGCAAGAUCACAAAGGGGCCCAUCGUUGUCAUUGGCACAGGAAACACCCCGACAGAUGCGCUCGCUGCGCUGCAAAGUCGAAACAUUUUUGUCGACUGUCCGCUCGGCAAGCUGAGCGAAGAUUUUCAAAUUGAGGGUCAAGCGUAUGCCUACAACAGCACGCUAUGCGGAAUUGCCAGUACAAGCCUUGGCUCGCUCGCUCCCGGCUACAAGGGUCUAAUGGAUCCCAGCGCGGAUGUCGUCUCAAACCUGACAAAGGCGAUCGACGAUGCUCACUCGAGAGGCAUCGCGACGAGGGUCUGGGAUACGCCGGUGUGGCCUAGCUUCGUGAGGGACAGAGUCAAUGGGCUCUUGCUGAGUCUAGGCUCAGAUUGGAUCAAUGCCGAUGACUUGGAUGCCAUCCAAAAGUGGUGA